UAUCACAGGGACGCUAUACAGAGACAGUACAGAGAGGUAAUACAGAGACAUCACAAGGACCCAAUACAGAGACAGUACAGAGACAUCACAGAGACCCAAUACAGAGACAGUACAAAAAAGAAAAACAUUAGCCCAUGGACAGACUAAUUACAAAGACUACACAGGGAUAUACUGUUAUGCAGACACUGAAAGAUACACAUGCACUUACACUCUGAUAGAGACAGCACAGGGAAACUAAAAGAGACAAGACACUCAGAUAGUGACAGCAUAGGGAAACUGAAUGAGAUAGCACAAUAUGAUAGAGACAGCACAGGGAAACUAAAUAAAACAGCACAUUCUGAGAGACAGCAUAGGGAAACUAAAUGAGACAGCACAUUCUGAGAGAGACAGCACAGGGAAACUAAAUGAGACAGCACAUUCUGAUACAGACAGCAAAGAAAAACUAAAAGAGAGACACGACAAUCUGAUAGAGACCACACAGGGAAACAGAGAGACAACACACUGAUAAAGAGAUAGAUAUAUAGUCAACAACAGUGAUCACAAAGACAACCGGAGGCAGAGCGCUGAUGCUCUGUGCAUGAGAGUACCAUGGAUUUCCUGCAGAGACAUCUCCCCCGUGUAUUCCUGGCGGUACAGAGUGCUUUGGAGUAUCUGAACAAUGUCACCGCACAGAUUUUUGGCACCCCCACAAACCCCCAACGCCCCCCAAACCGAGAAACUAAAGUGGCACUUGGGUCUACUCCACCACAUCCUCCCACUGAUGGUUCUCUACACUCCAAAUCAGAAAGAGCUGGGAGCGAAGGUACCCAGGUCACAGAAAUCACAGUCGUACCAGAAGAUUCAUUUUGUCAAAGUGAAGCUACAGCGCAGAGUCUUGAACAUGUGGGGUUUACAUCGGAGUUUGAAUCAAAUUUGGAACAGCAAGGAAACUUGAUGCAUCAGAGACAGGACACAGAUCUUAGGAAAAGGAAAUAUGAAAUGAAAGACAAACCACAAUAUAAUGCUGAACUUGUUGAUAACAUGAAACUAGUAGAGUCAAUGACUCAGGAAGAAUAUAAUUUUCCUAAGCAUGAAGAAAAUUUGGAGUAUCUAACAUAUGCCAAAGUGAGAGAAGAAGAGAGUCAACUGAACAACCUUGAACAUAAAUCUCUAGAUAACAGAGGACAAACUGAGAAAUCGGAUUUAAAUUCUGAUAAAACAGGAAGUUUAACCUUGUCUGUAAAUUUCAUUGAACAUCUUGAAAAGGCUGGCGAUGAGGAAAUGUUGGUCAAAGUGGAGUGUGAAAUGCAAGAGAAAUCAAUGAAAGAUUUGUCAGAAGCAACUGAAAAUAAUGUGACAACUGACUUAGAGUUGUCAAAUAUAGAAGCCAAUUUGAUUGAUGCUGUUGUGACUAAGGUUCUUAACUCAGCAUUCAGUGAGAUUGGAUUUGGCCACAAUUCUGCUUUACAACAGAAUAAAGAAAAUAUAAUAUCAUCUCUUAAUAAAAUAGAUGAAAAAAAUGUCAAUGAACAUAAAACUGAUUUUAAUUAUUUAAUGGAAGAUAUAUAUCAGGAGAAAAUAGAUUCUACAGAAGUAGUCCAGAGAUCAGAGAUCAAAACUGAUCUAGAAAUAGAAGAAAGCUGUCAGUCUCCAGACAAGUCCAUUGAAGAUCCAGAGGGAUCCAUGUCUGUUUCCCCUUAUAUGUAUGAAGAUGUUGAAUCAAUGCAAGAGACAGAUCAUUUAAAAAACAAAAGAGAAGAGAGACAUGAUCUAAAUGACAUUAUAGAUGAUAAUUUUUCUUGGAAUAAUUUAUUGAAAAAGGAAGAGGUGGAGGGUCCAAAAGAAUUAAAGACCGCAGUGUGGUAUGAUGAUUAUCGCCAUCGUUCAAAUACAGAGGAAGAAGCUUACAUAUCCUCAAGACAGAUGGAUUACCCACCCGAAGUUGGUAAUUAUAAAUUUCUUGUACAAACACAAAACUUAAAUAUGACAAUCAAUAUGUCUGAACUAAAGAGCAUGGAUGAACCUUAUGGAGAAACCACAGCGGAUAAAUCAUUACUAUCAUUGGAAGACCAAACUAAAUCUUUAAUUGAAACAAAUCUUUCUUGUGUUGAUGCACAGAAAGAAGAGGAUGACAUUCAAACAAAAAUCUACCACCAUGAAAAGGAGGAGAUAACUGAAACAAUAAAUGUUUUUGAUGACUCAGCUGAGAAGAAAGAGAUAGCAGUGCUAAAGGAUUAUGUGAUUGAUGAGGCGAGUUCAUCUAAAGAGAAGCCUGAAGAUGUCCAUAGUGUCCAAUUAGAUGAAGUUUCCCAUAGGGAAGGAAAGGAAGGACAUCAAAAAAGUGAUUUGGAAGGAGAAACUGAAGAUACAUUUCUAAAGGAUCACAAUCUUUCUAUUGAAAAUGAAGAGUGUGAAAUUCCAAAAGAAAUAAUUAUAUUGCAAACAGAAGAAGAGCUAAAUCAACCUCUUUACAGUGUAUCUGAUGGGAGUGAUCUAGCAAUGGAAGUACAUCAUUAUUCUGUAGAACAAAAUGAAGAGGCAUUUAGUGUAAGAGAGGAGGAUAUAUGCAACAUAGAAAUAUAUCUCACACAUGUGGAUGUAGAAGGGUCUGGAGAACUACAUAAAGAAUUUGAGGGUCAUUCAAAAGAAUUUGAUAUAUUUCUGGGAGAUGUAGAUCUAUUGCAAGAAACUGAAUCUGUUAUCUCUCCAGAUCUCUGCAACAAAGAGAUUGAAGAUCCCCAGAAAGGGAGGGAUCCUGAUAUGGAAAUUAAUUCUGUUUCUUUACAGGAUGACCAAGCACAAGAGACUUCUGAAGAAAUUGAUCACUUAGUAGAAACUGUGUCUACAGACCAAUAUUACCAGCAAGAUGAAGUAAAAGAGCAGAUCACUGAAACAGAAAUUGCAAAAAAAGGUGGAUUUUUGCUACCAGAUAACUCAGAACAGGCCACUGUGUCACAAUUUGAGUCUGAUUUCACUUUAGAUUACCAAAUUACAGAUGAAAGCAGUUUUCAAGAAAAUAAUUUAGUUGCCCCACCAUCUAAAGAUGUCCAAGGAACUGCAACAGGAACUGAUCUCUUAUCAGACAUUGAUACUAGUUAUACACAGAAAGAAAAUAUGGAAAACACAUCUAUAUUUACAGAUCGUUUUGAGAAUGAAUUACCCGCUGUUAAAGAAAAAGAAGAGCAUCUAUGCCAAUCCUAUUUUGAAAAACCAACACAGGAUCAAGAGUGUUCCUACAGUUUUGAAAAUGAAGAUACUGGGGAUCGAAAAGCAAAAGAUAAUUCAGAAAUGGAUGAUAUUUUUCAUAUAGAACCAGAUCAAUCACACAUGGAAUCUACAGGAAGUGACCUUAACCAGAAACAGCAAGAUAUUUCAUUAGAAGGAAUAGACUCCUCAUCACAUGCACAAGAAGAGAUGCAACGUCAUAUAAAAAUAUACAAGAUACAAGAGGGAAACAAUAAAUGGCAUGGAGAAUCAGUUGAAGAAGAUGGAGAAAAUAAGAAAGAAACCAACCUGUUAUUGGAAACAUGUGAUACAGAACAAGGUGAUAUAAUUCUGGGAAGUAUACAACCCUCAGAAGAAAUAGGAUCUGUGAUCAGGUCUGAUACCUGCUUACAAGAAAUAGAGGAAGGUGAGAAAGAAUUCGAACUAGAAUUGCAAAUUCAGUCUAUGAUCACCCAAAAUCAACUUUAUGAAGCAGAGCCCAUGCAAUCUAUACUUAUAGAAGAAAAUGCAGAUGAUACAAAAGAACUCAGUGAAGCAGAGACCCCAGAAGAAAUUGGAUCAUCUGUUUUACAAAUUUCUCUAUCAGAAAUCAACAAAAUAAAUGCUGUGUCUCACCCUGUUUCAGAGAUUACAUUAAAUGAAGAAAUAAAGGUUGAUGGUGCUAUUUUGCCAAUAGACCACUCAAAAGAAACAGAAUCUGUUGAGAUACCACCAGAAGAUUUCCAGAAAACUGUUGAGCAAGCUGAUCUUUUAUUUGAAGUUGGAUCUACUCAAAUACAGACAAAUGUUAGUAAAGGUUUGGGUAGCUCAUCAGAUGUUGAAAUAACAGAUAAUAAAGAAUGCACCAAAAUUAAACCUACAUUUAAAGAUGAUCACUUUUUAGUAAAGAAGACAGAAGGACCUGACAUAGAUGAUUAUCUACUAGGAACAUCUGCUGAAGAAGAAAAGUCAUCUCUAGUUUUUGAUCAAGGUAUGUGUGAAUUAUCUCCCACAUCAGAAAUGUCAGAUGAUUUACAAAGAUCAUAUUUUAGAGAAACCAGUAAGGAUGCAGAUAUUCCCAACAAUGCAGAGAAUGACAUUAUAAAAGUAAUAGAUAGUUCUAAAUCAGAUGAUGAAACAUUGGAAGAACCUGAUCAAUCAUCUCCCAUGGAAUCUAAAGAAAGUGGUCUUUCCCCAAAACAGCAGACUGUUUCAUCAGAAGCAAAAGAUCACUCAUCACAUGAUGAAGAAGAGAUGGAAUGUCAAAUACAAAUUUUCAAGACACAGAAGGAAAAUAAUAUAUCAGUUAUAGAAUUAGAUUAUUCAACUGAAGACAGCACAUGUAAGAAAGGUACAGAUCUACCAUCAGAAACUUAUAAUUCAGAACAAGCUGAUGGAAUUCUGGAAAACAGAGAACCUUUAAAGAAUUUGGGAUCCAUGACCGGUUCUUAUUUCUAUGUUGAAGACUCAGAAAAAUAUGAGUAUGAAACAGAUCUUGUGUCAAAAAUUCAAGAUUACCAUGAUUUAACAGAAUCUACAGAAAUUAAAUAUACAAUUAAAAAUGAUCACUUUUUGGAAAAGAAGCCAGAAGGACUUGAAAGGGAUGAUGAUCUACUAGGAACAUCUGCUGAAGAAGAAAAUGCAUCUCUAGUAAUUGAUCAAGGUGCUUGUGAAUUAUCUCCUACAUUAGAAAUGACAGAGAAUUUACAAAAAUCAUAUUUUAGAGGAACAAAUAAGGAUGAAGAUUUUCCCUACAAUGAGGAGAAUGACAUUAUAAAUAUAAUAGAUAGUUCUGAAUCAGAUGAUGUAUCAUUGAAAGAACCUGAUCAAUCAUCUCCCCUAAAAUCUAAAGAAAGUGGUCUUACCCCAAAACUGCAAGAUAUUUCAUCAGUAGCAAAAGAUUACUCACCACAUGCUAAAGAAGAGAUGGAAUGUCAAAUAAAAAUGUUCACGACACAGAAGGAAAAUGAUAAAACAGUUUUAGAAUUAGAUUACUCAACUGGAGAAGCCAAACAAUGUAAGAAAGAGACAGAUAUAUUAUUAGAAACUUGUCAUUCAGAACAAGCUGAUGUAAUUCUGGAAACCAAAGAACCUUUGCAAAAUGUGGGAUCAAUGACUGUUUCUGAUUUCUGCAUAGAAGAACCAGGAAAAUAUGAGUAUGAAAAAGAUAUUGUAUCAAAAAUUCAAGAUUACCAUGAUUUAACAACAGGAACCCAAGAUCAGCCAAAGGAAGUUACAGAAGUGCAUGAAACAAUUGUUGUAUACCAGUCUGUCUCUGAGAUUACUACAGAUGAAGAAAUAAAGAUUGAUGACACUCUCUGGUUGAUGGAUGAUUCAAAAGGAAUUGAAUCUUUUGAUACACCACAUGAAAAUGUCCAGGAAAUAGUGAAUCUAAAUGAUCUGUUAUUUGAAACUGGAUCUACUGAAAUGCAGUCAGAUGUUGGUGAUACUCUGGGUAGCACUGUUGUCUCUCCAGAAAUGAAAGUUCUAACAGAUUACAAAGAAUUCUCAGAAACCGAAUCUUCAGCCAAAGAUGAUAACUUGCUGGAAAAAAAGCUAGAUGAAUCUAGUUGUAUAAAAACUGAAGACCAUCUUGGAUCAGUGAAUUACUCAAAAGCUUUUGAAUCUAUUAUUGUACAGGUCCAGGAAACUAUUGAGCAAACUGAUACUUUAUCAGAUGUUGGAUCUUCUGAUGUACAGACAAAUUUCAAUGAUACCCUGAGUAGUGUCAUUGCCUCAACAGAAAUAAAAAUAUUCUCAAUGGAUACCAAAGAAUCCUCAGAAAUGCAGUAUGCAACCAAAAAUGAUCAUUUUCUUGAAGAGAAGGCAGAAACAUCUGAUAGUAAACAUAUUGAGGUCACUGUUUUGCCAGCAGAUUGCUUGACAACACAUGAAUCAAUUAGUUUACCUCUUGAAGUUUCCCAGGAAACUGCCAAACAAACUGAUAUUUUAUCAGAACUUGGAUCUACAGAAACACAGAUGGAUGUUAGUGAGUUUCAGGGUAGCACUCAUGAAUUUGCAAUUGUCAUAUCCACCGAUACUAAAGAAUCCUCAGAAACAAAAUCUCCAACCAAAAAUGAUCAUUUUUUUGAGGAGACAAUAAAAGGACCUGAAGCACACAUUGACCUGUUAGAACCAACAACUGAAAAGGAAAACUCAUCUCUAGUGAUACAUCAAGAUAAAAUUGAAUUAUCAUUCAAACCAGAAACAGUGCACCAUUUGCAAGGACCAGUUUUGCAAUUUCAUGAAGAAUCCAAUAAACAACAAUGGGGACAUCUAGUGGAACACAAAAGAUUGUCAACGGAUCAUUUGCACCCAGGGACAGAAGAUGAGGAACCAAAACCUCAGCUGGAAGAAAAUGAAAUAGACUCAGAAUUGCCCACCCACAACACAUUGGAUGUAAGUGCCCAGAAGAGCAGAGUAAUUCUACGUCGGAAGACCUCCAUCCGCAGGCGGCAGCAGGUGCAGCGUCAAUCUUCUCCUGAUACAGAGCCCUCUGAGCCGCCACCUCGAAUAUUCAGACCCUUUUCAAUGGGAGUGCCAGUUUUUCCAGGGAAGUUGCCACCCAUUCCCAAACCAAUGCCAGCAGAAGAGCACAAAGACGAGCCAGCUGCCAAAGAGGAGCUAGCUGUGAAACCGAAGGGAGUCCCAAAGCAUGCUGGGUUUGGGAUACCACACCCUAUGAUGAUGCAGGAAUUGCAGGCCCGUCUACAAAAGAAGAAGCCUAAGCAGUAAUGGAAUGUGCGGGAGUUCAGCUCUGAAAGCAUUACUCUGUAUGUAUAUUAUUAUUGUAAUAAAAUGAGUAUUUCACUAAUAAA